GUCCACCACCACGCUGGGGCUCUCCCAGGCCCUCGGCGCCCACCUCGGGCAGUCGGUGCUCACGUGCAUCCGGCAGCCGUCGCAGGGGCCCACGUUUGGCAUCAAAGGCGGCGCGGCGGGCGGCGGCUACUCGCAGUGCGUGCCCAUGGAGGAGUUCAACCUGCACAUGACGGGCGACAUCCACGCCAUCACCGCGGCGCACAACCUCUUCGCAGCUGCCAUCGACACCCGCUGGUACCACGAGAACACAUCAUCGGCAAAGGGCCUGUGGAAUAGACUAUGCCCAAAGGACAAGAAUGGCAAGAGACACUUCGAGCCGUCCAUGUACGCCAGAUUGGAGAAGUUGGGACUCGGAGCGAAGAAGCACGAUCCAGAUUCAUUGACGGAGGAGGAGAUAGAGAAGUUCUGCGUGCUGGACAUCGACCCGGACACCAUUACGUGGAAGCGCGUCACCGACUGCAACGACAAGUACCUGCGAAAC